AGGUUGUGGUCUGUUGAUAUUUAGGUCCCCAAGGAAAUAAACCAAAGGACGACGACCAAACAAUCAAAACACCUUUUAGCUCAGCCAGCAGGUGCAUCAUGACUGCAUUGCUACAAGCACUUGUUCUAGUCCUCCUCUUUCGCAUCGCUGCUUCCAGGUUCAACAUCACCAGCUUACCCGGCUUUCCCGGUGACCUUCCAUUCAGACUGGAAACUGGGUACAUCGGAGUUGGAGACUCUGACAACGUGCAACUAUUCUACUACUUCAUUGAGUCUGAAGGAACUCCGGAGAAUGCCCCGCUUAUGCUUUGGCUCAGCGGAGGUCCUGGCUGUUCUGGUUUUUCUGCCCUCGCAUAUGAAAUUGGUCCUUUGUCAUUUGACUAUGCACACUCGUUUGACAAUAAGCCGCAACUGAAGUUGAACCCAUACUCGUGGACAAAGGUUGCCAACAUAAUAUUUAUAGAUGCCCCUGUGGGCACAGGGUUCUCAUAUACAAACAGUUGGGAAGAAUACCCCACUCUGAAUGACACGAUAUCAUCGGCACAAACAUAUGAGUUUCUUAGAAAGUGGCUUGUAGAUCACCCCAGUUUCCUCUAUAAUCCACUCUACGUUGGUGGAGAUUCUUAUGCAGGCAAGGUUGUUCCGAUAAUAGUUCAAGAAAUAUCUAAUGGUAAUGAAGAUGGACUUGAGCCACAAAUGAAUCUCAAAGGAUAUGUGCUUGGCAACCCUGUGACAGAUCAAGAAAGGGACGAGAAUUCCAGAGUACUGUUUGCUUACCUAAAAGCUCUCAUUGAUCAUGGACUAUACCAGUCAACUAAAAGAAAUUGCAAAGGCGAGUAUGUAAAUGUGGAUCCGAAUAAUGCAUUAUGUGUGUACGAUCUUGAACGUGUCAACGAGUGCAUCGAAGACAUAAACCUUCAACAAAUAUUGGAACCUAAAUGUAAUCCCCAAUCUCCAAAACCAAUAGACAGAAAGUGGCAUCCGCAAGAAUUCAGUGAAAAGGAUCCUAUAGAUCUCCUCCUUCCAUCAUCUCAAUUAGUUUCUAUGCCAUGGUGUCGGGCUACCAAUUAUAUAUUAUCUCAAAUUUGGGCGAACGAUAAAACUAUUCAAUCUGCUCUUCACGUUGUACAGGGAAGCAUCAAGGAAUGGGUGAGAUGUAAUGACAGCUUAACUAGUUCAUAUGUACAAGAUGUUUCUUCUACUGUUGGUUAUCACCAAAACCUCACAACAAAAGGCUAUAGAGUUCUGAUUUAUAGUGGUGAUCAUGACAUGAGUAUUCCAUAUGUGGGCACUACUACCUGGAUAGAAUCUCUGAACUUGACUUUGGACAGUCAAUGGAAUCCUUGGUUCGUUAAUGCACAAAUUGCAGGAUACAAAGUGAAGUAUACAUUGGGAAAAUAUGAGUUGACAUACGCAACCGUAAAGGGAGCCGGUCACACAGCUCCAGAGUUCAAUCCUAAAGAAUGUUUUGCUAUGAUCAGUAGAUGGUUCGCAGCCUACCCUCUGUAGUUCUUUGGACUGAUGUAACUUAAUUAAGCAGAAAUAAAUGUUAAUUCUUAAGAUUAACAAGCUAUGAAUGAUUGCACCGUAGUGGAUUAAAUAAUGUCUAGUUGGUAAAAUCUUUCCUCUGCUUUUAUUUGCUAGUA